GCACAAAGUAAACAGCGCUUAGCGUGCGUUCCAUUUAACGGGCUAGCUGGUGGUCCGGCUAAAUAUAGCAGGAGUUCGAGUGCUGAAGGGAGGGCGAGAGGGGCAAAACCGUCUUCGUGAGCGAGUUUUAUUUAUUUUUUUUACUAUUAAUUUAAUUUUUUUUCCCACAGAACAAGAGCUUAUAUUAUAAAGCGCGGCAUCCAUAAUUUACGGUGUUAAGAGAGGAUCACCGUGAUCAUCAGGUCAAAAUGCCCGCGCAUCAGAGUCGGUCCAGGAUACGGGAUCGGAACAACGUCCUGAACCGACCCGAGUUCAUGUCCCUAAACCAACCCCUGAGGAACAGCGGCGGCGGCGGCGGAGGCGGCAGCGGGGGCGCCGAGCCUAGUACUAGUAGCAGGGGGUCCGCACGACGGCUCGGCCCGACCACCAAGCACGCGCAGAGCCAGCACUCGCACCCGCAGCCGGACACGCAGGAGCCGGGCGAGAGCAGCAAGGACCGCAGGGAGUCGCUGAAGCUCCCCGAGGAGGACUGCAUGCAGCUGAACCCGUCUUUCAAAGGCAUCGCCAUCAACUCCCUGCUCGCCAUCGACAUCUGCAUGUCCAAGCGGCUCGGUGUGUGCGCGCACACGUACUCCCCGUGGGGCAGCGUGCGCGCCAUCGUGGGCCUGCUGGCGCUGACGGGGCACGGCAUCCCCUGGAUCUGUGGCACCCUGCUGUGUCUGUCUCGCAGCAACACGCUGGCAGGCCAGGAGGUGCUGGUCAACUUGCUGCUCGCCCUGAUACUGGAUGCAAUGACUGUCGCCGGUGUCCAGAAGCUCGUGAAGCGCAAAGGACCCUUGGAGAUGAAUCCCAGCUUCCUGGACUACAUAGCCAUGGAUGUAUACUCCUUCCCAGCGGCUCACGCCAGCCGAGCUGUCAUGGUGGCCAAGUUCUUGCUGGCGCACCUGGUCCUGGCUGUGCCUCUGCGCAUCAUGCUGGUGCUGUGGGCCUUCCUGGUGGGCGUCUCGCGCGUCCUGCUGGGCCGCCACCACCUCACCGACGUGGGCUGUGGCUUUGCCCUGGGCUUCCUCCACUACAGCCUCGUGGAGACAGUGUGGCUGUCCUCCAACACCUGUCAGACUCUCAUCUCCAUCGGCACGCUCAGCUGGAGCCCCUUUAAUUAGCUUUGUUAGAUGUGCGCUCCGUUUCCCAUUGGCAUCCCUCUUCUCAUUUCUCCUGCUAUAUCCACCUCAGCUUCCCUUUCCGUUGUCUUUCAUUUAUUUUUAGUGCGUAUUUUAAGUAGGAUAAUAUACACAUUCAUGUUUUUAAGUCAUUUUAAUGCAUAUUUAAAUCCCAGUUUAAGAUUUGGAUUGCCCUAAUGUGUCUUUUAUUCUUACGGAAAGGAUCUUGUUUCUUCCUCAAAAUAAAGACAGCAUUUUCAAUUCAGACAGUAUUUGCAGGAAGGACAAUGCCAUUGAACAUUUGGGGCACAUGUUUUUGCUUUUGUUUAAAUUUAAAGAUGCAAGUUGCUUUUGCUGGUUUCAACAUGGCAAAUAAGAUGGGUUAUUUUCUCUUUACCGUUGAACAGUGUCAAGCAGUGAAAUGGCAGAUGUGACUCCAGUAAAUGAGCAGUUUCAGAAAAAGUGAUUGACUCUACAGCAGACUUGGCAACAACAGCUUAAUGCUCACAUCAGUUUGAAGAAUUAAAAUGCAAAAGUUUGUUCAUAAUGAAGACAUUUUAAGACAUCUGUUUUGGUACUUCUUUGUCCAGAUGUCUACAGUAUUUUUUCACAGCUUGCAUAAAUGUUCCUAAAAGAGGAAGAGGCUGUUCUCUCUUGUCUGCAUAUUUUGGAGUUAACUUUUUUUCAGACAGAAGGCUGCUAGCGUUACAACCAAUACAAAUGGCAGCUUGUAUUCAUAAAUCCCAACCAUCGAGGAGAUUUUUUUUUUUUUUCUCUUUCAAGAAAAGGA